CAGAGAAUCCGUUACAACUUUACUUCACUUUCCCAAUAAACGACUGCACACUGCAUGUUUUUAAAAAUUUAAAAAUGAGAUAUUUUUGAAAUUUGGUUGUUUCCAAAUUUGUUUUUAUAACUUAAUUUGUAAUUUACUUAUUAAACUUCAAUAGAUAAUUUGCUCAUUGUAAAAUAAUAAUUUCAAUAAUUUGAUAAUAAUAAGAAGUUAAACUAAAAGUUGUUUGCAAUUCAAUUUGAAAUUACUUUGAAAGUGUGAAUUGACAAGUGUACGGUAAAGAAAGCUGGGGAGGAAGUAUAUUAGCUAAUUGUAAUCAAUUAAAGUAUGGCGACGGGCGGGGACACUGUUAUACAAAAUGUGCAAGAAGAAGAAGAGGGGACCACACCUACCAUUACCAACCCAAUUAAUUGCACGACCGACCUACUAAUCGACUUUAAUCUGAGUGAGUGUUCUGUGGCGACGAAGGUAUUGCCAGCAGAGAUUACCUCUAAGGCGGAAUAUGACGACACCUUUGGCCUCUUUGGAUCAGGUCAACCACCCCCACUCAUCCCGCCCCCUGCACUAUUGCAAGAUUGUAGCCUCAAUUCGACCGCGUCACCUUUCGGACUGGGUUUCGGGAUGGGAAGGAAGAAAUCCAAGAAGGGAGUCGGAGUUUCGACGCCUUUGGGACUACGACGUGACCUCAUUGCGGAGGCGAGGGAUCCGUUUUCGCCUAUUUUUACUGGACAGGAAAAGACGAGUGGAGGAGGAGGUGACGUUGUGAAUCCACCCACCGCGGAGUUACUCGUUGUUAAUGAGGGCCCGAUUUCCCUUCCUGUUCGACUCCCUGAAGUUCCGGAUAAUAUCGAACGACAUAGUUUUACGGGGGGAAAAGGGGCAAAUUUUUCUGAUUCGGACAGUCUCCUCGACAUUGACAACCUAUCCGGUUUUUCCUGCUCUGCUGACUCGGACAGACUUUUGGAACAGUUACGUGAAAAUCUUCGCGUCAACGACGACGCUACACCUCCAAGAGACGAAGAAUCCGUUGAAGAGGAGAUGAGAAGCAAAUCUGAGCAGAAUUGUGAUAACUACGUGAUUGAUAAGAAGGAGCCAGGACCGCAGGAGGUGGAAGAAGCAUCUGUCCUACGAGAGAAGAAACGAAGGGACAGCGUGAACUCGAAGCUACAGCGGUUAUCGAUGCUGAUAAGUAGUCCGAUUGCAAAUUCCCCGAGCCCGAGUGGAAAUGGGAAUGCAAAGUACAUUCCGACCCCGAUGACCACGCCUGUGUCGCAGAGGAGACCUCAAUCUUUUCAUAGUUGGACGCCUCGCUCGUCCGUGGCGACGAAUACUUCGCCAGCCCGUUCGAUCAAGGAUGUGGUGGAGGCCCCGUCUAUACAUCGAAUGUCGUCCCCUGGGUCAACUUGCCGGCGCUACUUGGGACUUUCCCAGGGACGCAAAGUGUUAUCGGUCGACGAUGACGACGUCUUCAACAGUUCGCCCGGGAAACGCCUUUCUUUCGGCUCGACGACUUCUGAGUCCAGCACAAGUCCUACAAAGUCGGUGAGACAUGACCAUAUUUUCGCCUCGAAGACAAAACCCACUUCUGCUGUGAAAGGAACGACUCAAUUACAGCGCGCAGGACCAUUAAAAGUUGUCGCGUCUGUUAAAGGACUCUCGUCGAUUGCGGAGGGAGAUAAAAAUUCACCAACAGUAGCAUCGGAGGGAAGGCAGACUCCGGGUGGUUGGUCUAGUGCUCCCGUGUCGAGAAAGUUUAUCCCACCGGUGGCGCAGUCGAGUCCGUUGCCGAAGGCGAGGAGUGGCCAAGUUGUUACGCCGGGAAGGAGGAGCUACGUUGGUGUGAAGAGUAGCGGGUAUGGUGCGGCUGGUCUGAACUGUAGUAUGACUGGCGGAGGUGGCAGGGGUCCACAGGAGAGUCCGAUCCGUCGCCCGGAAUCUGUAGCAUCAUCCUCGUCGUCGUCGUCGCGACUGAUCCCGCCGAGUCCUAGGAGUGCUUUACCUGUGACCACGAAAGUAACCUCGAGUGGGUACGGGAGACAUAUUAUGGGAAUUAAGGGUCAAGUCCUACCUUCGAAAGGAAAUCCGUCCACAGCCACAAAGAGUGCGAGUGGUUCUGAGAAUCAAGCUAAAAAGGUUCCUGCGACCAAUAAUUUACCCGCUAAUUCGAUCUCUGCAGUGGGAGGAGCUGGAAGUAAGGAGAAUCGUCCCAAAAAAGCGAUGACUUCCGCUUUACCACGGUUCGGAUUCGGAUUUCAGAAGAAGUAGACGUCCGACAGCUGUUAAAAUUAAGGGAUCGCCGUAACCAGAAGCUGUAAUAAUAACACUAAUAGUAAUUUGAUAACUGCCCAUCAUUCAUUCAUACCUAAUAAAUGUUAUAAUGUAUUUAGACGCUGAAAUUUUGUUUUUGUAUGUAGAACGGGUUAAAAAAUGGAUGCAAUUAUUAAUUUUUUACACCUUUCGAGACAUAUACGCUUAUUAUUGUCACUUGUAAAACAAUCAACUAUUUUGCACUAAUGUAUGGAAUGGUAAAGCAAACCUUCUAUGUAAUUUUAUAAAAUUGUUUUUCAAAUUGGUAUAAGAUUAAGAGAUGCCGUAAUGUGGGCAAUUUUAUUACCUUAAAUUUACCUUCGAUUACCUUCAAUUUUAAAGCUUUAAUCACUCUUACGGCUAACGGUGUUAGUAUAAAUUGUUACAAGGCAGAUUUUUGUCUAACAAGAAUUCAACACGUUAUUCUGUAUCUCUUAAUUUUGUAGCAGUUUGUAAAAAAGUUUUACGCAAAUUACACAAGCAGCUUGAAUAUCUAUAUGUGUACGUACUUGCCAGAGCUAUGGAGUUAUGAAUUUUGGAUUGUACUUUAAUUAUACCUGUGCAUUUUUCUUAAUCCUACUGAUUUCACGAAUAUUUUGUAAUUUUGUAAUUUUUUGUAACGUUACUCUUCAAAUCGAAUAAAUAUCACUUCAAAAAGUGACCAAACUGA